UCCAAAUCAAUACCACCCCUUUUCAUUUGGAAUUUAAGAAUACAAUAUUUUAAAUAUGGUAUCAAUUGGAUUCAAACAAUAUAAGAAAUCAUUAAUUUUGGAAUACAUGUAUAAUGAUUCAAAAUGAGUGAUUAUUGCGCCCCUGAGAUGUAUACCGCAUUGUCAAGACGACUGUCGGCUGCACUUGAAAAUGCAGGAGUGACAGAAGAAAUAGUGAUGGCAAGAAGAAACUCAUAUUUGAUGAUCGAGACGUCUCUAGAUAUAUGUUCAAAUCUGAGAAAACGCAAAAGAAUACUUUUCCAUUUUGGUAGUCAAUCUGAGGGCACGACGACGCCUGGACUUCGGUCUGACAUUGACAUUCUCGGUUGUGAUUUACGGACCCACGUUAUGCGAGAUUGGUCUCAAUGGAAACCAAAACGGAAAAACGUGAAGAUGUUUAAGGAUAAGGAUCUCCCUCCUCAGCAGUAUCUCAUACAGGCUGUACGGCAAGAUUCACCAGAACCAGAAACAGAAUCAAAAGGCAAAUAUGUACUCUUUAAAAAUAGCAUAUUAUUGGUGGGCUCGGAAUCGAGACGUAAAAAAUGCCUAAAUAUUAUGUUCACAAAAUUUGGAAGAACACACACUUCAGGUCCUUCCACGAGUUUUUCAGACGAAGUGGAUUUGGUAUAUGCAUUGGGAGUUAAGGACUUGGUGCCCGAAAUACAGCAGUGGAUUCAAAGACAUAGACCUGGAAAUUGGCCACCGCAAGCUUUACUUGAAGAAUGUAAAACAUGCAUGAAUUUCCUUGUUCCUGUCGGACACGCUGACAGCGACACAAACCAUGUUGAAUGGCGACUGUCCCCAAAUCUUAUUGAGCGAAAAUUGAUGUUCAGUUUAAAUUUAACUCAAAUAAAGUGUUGUGUAUUGCUUAAAAUCAUGAAGAACUCUCUUUUUAAUAGCAUAGUAAAUGGUGGCAUUACAAGUUUUCAUUGUAAAACUAUAGUAUUAUAUACCAUUGAAAGAAUACCUGUGCACCUUUGGCAAGAACAAAACUUAGCUUUUCUAUUGAUACAAUGUUUACAUACUAUGCAAAGAUGGAUUAAAUAUGGAAUAUGCCCUCAUUAUAUAAUAAAAGGUGUUAAUUUGUUUGAUGGGAAAUUACGUAGAACCAAAUGUAAAAUAUUACAUACAUACAUUUUAUCUCUCAUUGAAAACAAACUUCAAGGACUUAAACAAAUUGAUAUCGAUAAUAUCGGAAUGGCAUUAUCGGAACAGACAAUUGAAUCUAUUCAACAUUUGAAUUGCAUUCUUACUAAUGGAAUUCAAAAUAAACUAGAGUUUGAUAGGGUGGGUCGUCAGCAAAAUGAUGUUUGGAGAUGUCUAUUAGAAGUCGUCGAAAACAAAUCGUUUACAAAUGCGUCAAAGAAUUUAAACAAAAUCCUCCGUAAGUGUAUCCAAUAUUACCUCAAUGGUACUGUUUCAGAAAGAACUAUAGCUGAACAAUUGUUUAUAUGGUUAAUGUCAUUUCAUGUAUCUAUGCAAGCCUCGAUGAUUAUCCAAAAUCAGUGUCAUCUAAACAAAUGUGUUAUUUUAUUCAAGCAAUCACUCAGCACGGAUGUCACAUCAAACAGAUUAAAAUUGGCCUCUUUCUUGGUUUCGACAGGAUAUUUGCAAUCAGCACUUAUCGUUCUGUGCGAUAUACAACAGCGAUUAAACGCAAAACCAAUAAAGGUUUGCUGCCCAUGUGGUAAUCGCAAUUUGAGUGAUACGCUCUUGGAGACAUUUACAAGAUAUUCGGUUGGUAAAUGCUCGUCAAAUGAAAACCAUAUGGCACUGUGCGUUCGAUUCCUUAAAUAUGAAGCCUUUUGCGUUCCUCCUGCAUUAUUACUCGAAAUGAACCGUACUGGUAUUGAAGCGGAAUACAGUAAACUAGAUCGCAUUCAAACGGACUGGGACAGACAUGUAAGUGUUGAUGCUGAUGUGUUCAUGUACUAUUUGAAGUAUCUUACGUAUGGAGGACUAGGUGACAUACGCAAGCAAUUAAGUGCUUUGGAAGGAUUGACAGAGUGUAUCCAAAAUCACACGGAAGAACUGUACCAUCUGGAGACCGCGUAUAAUCUGUUAGGACACUGUGUGGAGAUGACAGGACACUGUUUGGAGUUGACAGGUUUAUUAGAAAAAGCUGCGAGUGUGUAUUUGAUGUCUCUGCAAUCCAAGCCUCGUAAUAACGCUGCAAACUGGCAUAUAAGAAGACUAUGUGGAAACACCCAAUACACGUAAAUGUUCAAUCCCAAGUGUAAAUGGAUAUAAAAGCAUGAACGUAUACAAGUAUGUAGCAUGAGUGAAAUACCAGCGUAGACGUUCACGUAUCUUGAUGUUUAUUGUACGCAUUGAAUGAAACUUAUUUUAUGGCUUGUAAAUGAACGUACAUUUUGUAAUUUGAUUCGUUUAGCGAUACAAAGUUACAUAAUUAUUAAAAUCAUCACUGCAAAAAAAAAUCUAAAUGAUAUAAAUAUUUUGUCCCGAUGUUUAAUGAUGUAUAUGAUUGAAUAACUAAUCUAAAAAAUAUGAUACUGGAAUUAAGUGUGUAAUAUGAAUACUUCACUAUUUGUUAUAUAUAAUAUUAUAGUUAUCCGCACGCUUUUUGAAAAGCGUGGGGAUAUUGUGGUUAUCUCCGCCGUCUGUCCGUCCGUCCGUCCUGGCCACUAUCUCCUCCUACACUGUUAGCACUAGAACCUUGAAACUUACACAAAUGAUAGCAAUGAGCAUAUGUGCGACCCUGCACUAUUGAGAAUGUUGAUCUGACUCCUGAGUCAAAAGUUAUGGGGGUUUGGGUGGGGCCGCGUCAGAGUUUUUCACUCAUUUUUUUUAUGUUAUUUUACAAUAACUUCUUCAUUUCUACACAGAUUUACUUCAAAAUGAUACUCAACAUCUCUUAUGACAAUACGGUCAAUCUCAACUAUGCAUUGCCCCAUUACCAACCCUGGGGCGCCCCCUGGGUCAAACAUGCGGCGUGGUGAUACGCGUCGGCCUCUGCCGCGCCUUUUCUCGUUUAUAUUAUGUUAUGACUAGGUUGAUGUGAAACUAAAUUGCAUUCACAACUUUAGUUAAAUAUGUCCUAUAUUGAAGCGCUUUGUGAAACACAACAUAUAACAAUUUGUGAAUAACUAUAACCAUGCGUGCGUUACUACAAAUAGCGAAGGAUAAACUGUAACGAUAAAUUGAUUAAUAAUAUUAAAACGUCAAUAUAUGCCCAAAAUGUGGAAAUAUAUUCAAUACUCACACUUAUGGCGUCUACAUGUUAACAUAAAAAGGGCACAACAAACAGGCCACAUAUUAUAAAAUAAUGUUCAUAUCAUAAUGCACAAACUAUUAGAUUAUUGUGUUGCGCGUAUGAUCAUCUUUAUUUCGUCAUUUUUAUUUUUGUCAGAUUCAGUUUUUGUAUUUAUUCCCCUUAGAAGCUGUUUAAAUGGCAUAAUCGCUUUAAGAAAGACUUUACGGCAUUCCAAACAAUCUCUCGAAGAUUAUAAUAACGUGACGGGUGUAUAGAUACUGUUUCACUCUUAAACCUGCACAGAUCAAAAUGGAACAGUAGUUUAGUAAAAUACAUAAUUUACCAUAAAUGAGAAGCCUCUCUUGGAAGCAAGAAAACUGACUAUACAUGUAUACAAAAUACCUUUAUCGUAAUGCAAAUAUAUUAACACACAUUGAAACUUUUAUUAAAAUAUAUUAACCGUUCGUGCUAAUACUGUAUUCGUCUUAAUCAACACGAAUUAAUCUUCGAAUGA